AUGAAAUUAGAGUCGCAAGACUCUUCACCAAUAAUUGCAACAAUAAUGUCGCAAUCACAGUUCCAUCUUGAAUCCAGCGUUAUCAACUCGUCUUCAGUUAUCAAAACAGCACCACCUGGUCGUCAGCAGCAUGAGUUUUCACCAAAAAAUGAACCCAUUGAUCUGGCGCCAUUAACUCAGCCAAGUUUACAAGAUUUAUCGAAGAUGCAACCACUGGAGCAAUAUUAUCCUGGCAAUAUUAUGCCAACCUAUUCUCGUGUUUAUCAGGAUUAUACACUUAGUUUACCUCAUCCAGCUACUCAAGCUUCAAUUAUAACAGCCCCAUCUACGGCUGCAAAUCUGUAUUAUCCAGCUGUAUUUCAAGGUACUGCACCACAGGAAUGGAAUCGUUCCGUUGACAAUUACUCAUAUCAGCGAAAUAGUGCUUUACAGUAUCCUGAUGUACCUCAAGAAAGGGUGUAUAAAAAUGUUGAGAUGCCAUCACCGGUGGAUUCUGGAAUUGGUGCUGAUCUGUCGUUAAUUGCGUCUUCAAAAGAAGACUUUUAUAAUAGCACUGAAAUAUUACAAAAUGUUACUGAGCGACCUGAAAGAGCAUUAAGUCACCGAGAUUCGCCAGUUGUUAUUCCAAAAUUGUGA